AGAUAAGAUAUAGAUAUUGCCAUUGGCUAGGUGUCGGUGGUACGUGAAGCAGGGUAUUUGUCAGUUUACCUAGCAGUGAUCAAACUCUGGAGGGAGGAAAUUACAGAGAUCCUGAAUGCAAUUACAAUAUGGCAGACGAAUCAUUGGAAUCAUUUUUAAGGAAAUUAGGAUUAGAGGAUACAAUAGAUGUGCUUAAAGAAGAAAGCAUUGAUCUAGAAUUACUGAAAACCAUGACGAUUGAAAGUUUGAAAGAAACCGGUCUGUCUCUCGGAAAGCGACACAAAAUAUUAUACGCAGUAAAAACCAAAGGUUACAGCCCUGCCUUAGAUAACCAUGUUUUAAAAUUACUGUGAGUUUAUUAAACACUCAUUGCAGAUUGUGUCCAAGCAAAAGUCAAAGCGUUUGAAGAAAUGAAAGACAGAGAAGCCCGACCUUCUUAUCCACCGCCUGUUCCACCUAAACCAGACUUUAUGGCCAAAAAACAAGUCAGGGAUAACCACAAAAACUGUUACGGAGAUUGGAUGAAGGAAGAGGUUAGAAUAGUGUUGAUUGGUAAAACCGGAAGUGGAAAAAGUGCCACAGGAAACACCAUUCUCGGGGGAAAAAUAUUCCAUUCAUCUUUAUCGGGGUCAUCUGUAACAAGCAAGUGUUCAAAAAAACACGCAGUUAGAUUCAACAGAAAAAUUCUAAUUGUUGAUACCCCUGGCAUUUUUGACACCAGGCAGUCAAAUAAAAAUAUCCAGGAGGAAAUUGCAAAAUGUAUAGCCAUUACAUCGCCCGGUCCUCAUGCUUUUAUUUUGGUACUCAGCAUUUCCAGAUAUACUGAGGAAGAACACAGAUCCGUUAUGCAUUUUGUCAACCACUUUGGUGAAAACAUCUACAAGCAUUUCAUCGUCCUUUUUACACGAAAAGAUGACCUUGAUCAGGAAAACAUAACCUUAGCGGAUCAUAUCAAAACGGUUCCUCCACAUUUGAUAAAAUUUAUAGAGAAGAGUGGUGGAAGAGUCAUUGCAUUCAACAAUAGACUGAAAGAUGGAGAUAUGGAUGCACAAGUUGUUGAGUUAUUGUCGAUGAUCUCAGACAAUGUAGAGAACAACGGGGGCAAGUGGUACACAGAUGACAUGUAUAUCGAAGCUGAAAAGCUUAUAAAGGAAAGAGAAGAGGCGGAUUCAAAGAUCGCAAACGAAGAACGAGAAAGAGAACUCAAAGAAAUUGAAAUGAAGCUAACUGAAAAGUAUGAAGCAAAGUUUGCUAAAGAACAAGAAAUGUUUUCUAAAACACAAGCGCAGCUUGACGAACUGACAUUAAAGUAUCAGCAAGAUAACGAACAAUCGCAGCUUCUUAAGCAGAAAACCAAAGGUUUAGAAAAGUACGUAAAAGAUAACAAAGGAGAGAACAAAGAAAAGAUUAAAGAAACAUUAGAACACCUACAAAAGGAAAGGAUCGCCAUUAAGGCUGUAAGAGAGAAGGAAGAACGUGAAAUCAAAGAACUGGAAAAGAUUAAAGAAAAGCAAAGAAAAAUUCAAGAAGAUUUGACGAAAAUGCAAGAAGAAGAAAAGGAAAGGAUGGCUCGUGAAGCGAAUGAGAAAUAUAGAAAAGCGGAAGAAAACGCCCGGGACAACUAUAGGGAAGAAAUAGAACAAGAAAAGGGCCUUUUCGCGAAAAUGAAAAAUACGGUUGGGUCUUUCCUAAGUAAGCUGAAACCAUUUAAAUGAUUUCCUGAAUGUAUCAAUUGAAGAAAAAUGCAUUGUCAGGUAGAUUGCUAUAAAAUGUACAUUUAAUGUAAUUUUUCAAUAUAUUCUCAUUUCCAAAAAAAAAUGACUAAUACCCAAGAUAUGCAAGACAUGCACGCACAAGAAAUAUUUAGAGCACAAUAAAUCAUAACUAACGACC